AUGCCCCUGGCGCAGUCCAUGUCGCGGGGGUGUAUGCCUCCUUGCUAUUCCUUGGGCAUUACUGCUCUCGGGCCAUUGGGUGAAAGUCCUUAUAUCAGUCCCUAUCUGGACCCUGUGCGAUCGACGAUCGACCGCUUCUGGAAUAUAAGUGUGACCUCGUCGGGCUCCGAACAUGCAGCGCCACAGAUAUUUCUCGCAGCAAGCCUCCUUGAUGCGCUUUUUCAGCUUUCCAUGCCAGCUUAUAGUUCACGCCAUGAAUCCAUAAAUGAGGCAUACAAAUGGGUUGCAAUAGCAGCAGCGUCACAAUUCACAGUUCAGCAGGAUACCCUUCCCGGAACAGGCGGGUCACAUGGACGAGCAAGGGACAUUGCGUUGGCGACCUGGCAAAAGGCGAAACAGAUGGUGUUCGAAAAUAUUGCGGCCACCAGAUCUUUCCGCUUGGCACUCUGUUUGCUGCUGUUUGGCACUUUGUUCCCACCAACGACGCCCGAAGAGAGCAGCGUGCUUGAAGAUGCAGCUUACGCUACACAAGAAGGUCUCCAGCGCCUUCAGAUGCUCUGUGCUGAAGCUCGUGCGCAUUGCGUGCAUGAUCCUGACAUGUCACUCGAUCCUCCCUACCGGACAAGCCGAGUCGAAGCUGCGAGCAAGCCUCACCCCGUUCAAACGUUGCCAACUAGCGUGCGAAAGUACAUCUUGGAACUUAUUGCUGCUGUUGAGUGGCUUGCGUCCAUGUCUUACUCAGCAGCAGUAGUCUACUCGCGAAGAGACACCUGUACCGCUCCUCGCUUUGCCUACUGCAACCGCAGCUCGCUCUGGACAAGAGAUAUAAUGCCAGAGCACGGCGCUAUGAGGCAGCAUAAGCAAGAGUUUGAAGACUCCAUUAUCGCGCGAGCUCAAGCCGAUACGCACAGAGUAACCGCGUUAUGGAGUCGCCCGAUCUCGGACGACAUUGUCGCUCGAGCCGUGAGUCAGGCAAGCUCCAUUGCCAUACUCCUAUGGCAAACAUUAGCCAUUCUCACCCUGGCAUUCGAACAACUCCGGACAGAUAAAGCGCAAUAUGAAGAACUUCAUGGAUGCUAUUCCGCAAUGACUAAUUUGAUCGAUGUUUGGAGGUCGGCAUGGGGCCAAAUUGAUCGCUCGGCUGCCGUCAGUCUGCACCAGUCACGCCCCAAUGUGCUACGCAGCGUUCAUUUCUGUUCUACGGAUGUCGACCUCGCUAUACUUCUUUUCUGCGAGCUUAUCUGCCAACUUGAGUCUCAUCUUGCGGAACAGAUAUCAUUAUCGUCGUCGUCAUCACCAGUAAGGGAGCGGCUAUGGAACACUCUCAAGGAAAAAAGUGCCUGUCACAGGGACCAACGGCGUACGAGCGCAAUGCAAAUAUCUCAUCUGGCCAUGGCAAGUCAAGGCGUGUUGAGUCCAGGCUUCCAAGGCAAGAGUGGCCUAAAGGCGAACGUUGAUGACAUUAGUGCGCACCCGUAUCCUACUCUGGUGGUGCUUGCACAUAAACUUGCGGCCAAGGCGCUCGCAGAUGAGAUCCAAUGCUCGAUCUCCCAAAUGGACGCCGAACGCAUCCCAGAGCUAACGGCUGGCCUUGAGAGCUGCAUGCAGGGGUUGCAGCGGCUUCAGGGAGCUCUCGUGAUGUUUCCGGAAAUGAACAGUGACAUAGACCAGUUGUUCCAGUAG